ACUCAACUCAACCUGUUUAGCAUUAUUUUAGUUACAUAAUCAGUUACGAUACCCAGCAUUUUGAAUCGAAGCAUGUUUGAGUAAUUGGUUUGGUUUCCUUUCUUGGUUUUCUCAUUGCUGACUUCAUAUUUCUGUUGACUCAGUUGAUAAGGAUAUUUCGCUAAUUAAAAUCUAAACAGCCAUGGUUUUGAAAGAUUUUGCAUUUGCUGCUGCAACACUUUCUUCAUAUAUUAUCGCAUUCCUCUUAGCUGCUACAGCAGCUGGUAUAAAACAUUCUGUUAAUCGAAUAUUAUGCGGUGUGUUUGCAGUUGUAACCUUUAUUCUUGCAGUUGUCAUUACUGCCGUUUGGUGCUGUUUAAAUCCGAGAAAUGCAAAUGCUCAAAGGAACGCACUAGCGAAUCAUCCUCCUGACGCUCUUGCGAAUCUUGCAGAUGUCGCUCCUGGAAAUCCUGUUCCGAAUGCUCCUGUGAAUCUAGUAGGUGUAGAUUUUAUUGGAAACGGAAAUGCUGACGUAAUGGCAGAUGUCCCGAGAGUGCAUCAACCAGCCGAAGAUGAACCAGCUGAGGAGGAUCAACCAGCUGAGUAGGGUCAACCAUGAAUUUACAAAUUAUAUUAAUUGAAAUUUUAAGAAAAAUGUAAAUAGGAUUGUAUUUUAAAAACGCACAUUUCACACAAUUUCUGUAUCUUUAUUUUAAUAAAAGCCAUUUUUAGUUUUA